UUCACUUUUCAAGAUAAGAACUUGGUGAAUAUUUGUAUACGACAAUGCAAGUUAUGUAUUUCUACCAAAUAUAAUACAUAUCAUUAGCCAAAACAUUCGUAAUGUGUUGGCAGAUAGUGAUUGAAAAAAAAUAUCUGUUUCGAAGGUCGUGACGUUAAACAUGUUCUGCUAUGUUUCUUCGAAACGAAAUACGUCUGCUUAGAUUUUGAAAAAUAAAAUAAAUAUAGUUACAAGAUGGCUAAUUGGACUGCUUUCACUUCCGGCAAUUCACCUAAGGUCCCAAAUCGUCCUGCUCCUCCGCCACCAAAAUCAAAUAAAUCUUUAAAUCAAUCAAGAUUAGCAAAAGUUUUAUCUUUUAAUCAGUCAAAAUCUCAGGGUAGUUUACAACAACAAGUUAAAAAGAAACCUCCUCCUAGACCACCUCCACCUAAGUUUGUGCUACCGCCUAAGAGUCAAGGAAAAGCUGGUUUAUCAUCUUUAAUUGGACUUAAAACUAAGCACACUGUCCCAACUCCUUCUUGGGUUGGAAAGACAAAUGAAAUUCAUAAAUCAAGUACUACUCAAGUUGGUUGUCUCAUAGAUCUUAGUUCACCUCAAACAUCUCCUACGUCUACUCAUAAAUCUAGUAGUGAUGGAAAUAGUGUAGAUAGCUUCAACAGUGAUUUUAGUAUGUGGAAAGAUUCUCAAGCUGAAAGCAGUGGCUUUGAAGAUGAUUUUGAUUUAUUAAGUUCCAAUGGAGAUAUGGAUUAUUUUAAAAAGCCUUUUUCACAAAUAAAAACUGAAAAUUCAUUACCACCACCAUCACUACCACCACCAAUGUUACCACCAGAUGCCUUAAAUGUAUUAUUAAAUGGCCCUAAAUUACCUCCAAGACCUAAUAAUAUGGAAAAUAAUUUAUCAAAGUCACAGUCAAAAUGUACUGCUCUAUUUGAUUAUACAUCGGAUCAUUUUGAAGAUCUAGUUUUUACGAAAGGUGAUCAAAUUUACAUUACACGAAAAGUAAAUGAUGAAUGGUUAGAAGGUACAUUAAAUGAGCGUACUGGAAUGUUUCCCAUUAGUUAUGUGGAAAUAACCGAAUCAUUACCCAAAGAAUCUUCAUUUAAUGAAGAAAUUCGUAAAGUAAUCGCUGUAUUUGCAUUUAAACCGGAAUGUUGGGAAGACCUCAGUAUUGAAGAAGGUGAUGAAAUUCAAGUAUUACGAAAAAUCAAUGAAGAUUGGUUGUAUGGUGAGUGUAAUGGGUCUAGAGGUCAAUUUCCAUCAAAUUUUGUCACUGAACUUCCUGAUGACUUAUAAAAAGUAUAUUGUGAUAUUAAAAUAUAAUUACCAAAAUAUAUUAUGUAUUAAAUU